ACACAGAUGAACAAGAAAUAGGCCGAGUGUCUGCCCCGAGGGCCAGCUUCCUCGCCGGCCUGGUUGCCAUCCUCACAGGUGUGAUGUGCUCAUCCAUGGAGCGGGGAGAGAAGGGAAAGGGUGGGAGGACCAGACGGUAAGGGUGGAGUCACCAAGAGGAAGGAGCUACACAGAAGUGACCAGAGACCUCGUUUUGCCUCUCUUGGCUGAACCAUUAAACCAAAGAAAAUAAGCUUCUCCGAGAAAUGUGAUUUCUUGUAAAUGGUUAUGUAGAACCACAGUUGGUGCUCUGAAGACGUACAGAGUACUCUGGGAACCGUAAGAGAAUGUUGUGAUUAAAGGAAUAAGACCUAAUAUUUGAGAUAUGCCAACUUUCCCUAAUGUUUUGUGAUUUACAGGUUGAGAGGCAGUGUUGGAGAAUGUGUGGGCGAACAUCCUGCCACUUACCUAGAGAUGUUCUCACAAGAGCUUGUGCCUAUCGGGACAGGCAGGGCUAUCAGCAACUCCCAGAGUGGAGGGACCCUGACAAGUAUUGCCCCUCUUACAACAAGACCCCUCAGUCGAACAACCCAGUGCUUCUGUCUCGACUGCAUUUUGAGAAGGGUGCAGACUCAUCUGAGCGUAUCAUUGCUCCCAUGCGAUGGGGCUUGGUCCCAUCUUGGUUCAAAGAAGAUGAUCCUUCCAAGCUGCAAUUCAAUACUACCAACUGUCGUAGUGAUACCAUGAUGGAGAAGCUGUCUUUCAAGGUCCCUCUGGGAAGGGGAAGACGCUGUGUCGUUCUAGCAGAUGGAUUCUACGAGUGGCAAAGAUGUCAGGGAACGAGCCAGACGCAGCCAUACUUCAUCUACUUCCCCCAAAUCAAGACAGAAAAGUUGGGCAGUAUUGGUGCUGCGGACAGUCCUGAGGAGUGGGAGAAGGUAUGGGACAACUGGAGGCUACUGACAAUGGCUGGGAUCUUUGACUGCUGGGAGCCCCCAAAGGGGGGAGACAUCCUGUAUUCCUACACCAUCAUCACAGUGGAUUCCUGCAAAGGCCUGAAUGACAUCCACCACAGGAUGCCUGCCAUAUUAGAUGGAGAUGAGGCAGUCUCUAAAUGGCUUGACUUUGGUGAGGUCUCAACUCAGGAGGCUUUGAAGUUAAUCCACCCCACAGAGAACAUCACCUUCCAUCCAGUCUCGCCUGUGGUGAACGACUCCCGAAACAACACUCCUGAGUGUCUGGUUCCUGUUGACUUGCCGGUAAAAAAGGAGCUCAAGGCAAGUGGCAGCAGCCAGAGGAUGUUGCAGUGGCUGGCCACAAAGUCACCCAAAAAGGAAGAUUCUAAAAUAGCCCAAAAGGAAGAGUCAGAUGUGCCUCAGUGGUCCAGCCAGUUCCUGCAGAAGAGCCCAGUCCCCACCAAGAGAGGCAGUGCAGGACUCCUGGAGCGAUGGCUGAAGCAGGAGAAGGAGGAGCCCCUGGCCAAGCGGCCUCACUUCCAGUAACCCAGGGCUUCGGAGACCAAGGCCACAGUUUGCUGUACUCUGCUGCCGCUGCUAACAGUUUUUUGAAGUGUGUGUGUGUGGACUAGGGGGUGGAGGGAUGCAUGAUAAUUUGCUUUGGAUUGUUUCUGACAUGAGGAAGGAGGUAGCACAGUUUUAGUUGACAGUUGUGGGCUCUUGGGGCGCGUGGCUGUUCCUAGCUGCGACAGGAACCCAGCGUGAAGCUGAUGGGUGGCUUGGAGAAAUGCCCACUGUUCCUGAGAGGAAGAGGAGAGGCCAUCACCAUCACCAGCCUCUAAGGGCGCAGGGCAAUAUGCCUGGGCAGACCUUUCCUGCUCGGGCUACCGGAGCCUUCCUUUGAGGCCUGACCCUGCUGCGCACUCACAGCCCUGGCCUGGUGCUCCCAGCAGAGGCUGUUCGCUGUUUAGGCUUUGGACUCUGUCUUUCAGAAUUUUAAGUUCUUAAAAUAAGUUUUUUUUUUUUUUCAAAUGAAUGUAUAAAUUAUAUUUGAUAAUCUAUAUUUUGGAAAAUGAUGGUAGUGGGGCAGUUCUGGAAUUUACCCAGUUUUCCCCUUGCAUCAGUUCUAAGGAAUGGGUUUUGUCCCAAACAGGGAGCACUGGACAAAGCUGCUUUUUUGGAAACAAUAAAAAAGCUUGGUUGGGGGCACCCUGUAGAGUCUCUUUUCACAUAAUACUUGGAAGUCUGAAUCCUUUAGCUUAAAACUAACUUUGAGUGCCUGCCAUGAGCAGGAGCUGGGGGAGAACCGGGUGCAGAGAACCUGGCCAAGACCCUCUCCUUACCGCAGGGAGCCUAGGAUCUGGGUGUGUAGAAGCCCUGGAUGGAGACCACCUAGCCCUAUCCAGAGAUUCCAACCCUGGAUAGAGCAAGGCACAGAGGAGGCUGCAGCCUUGGGGGUGGGACUGGGGGCUUCCUUCUGAGGGCCUGGAAAUGAGGCUGCGCAGAGAGACCCCCACCUGCCCCAGCCUAUGAUGUGCUCUUCGAGCUGAAUCACUUUAUAAUUAGGUAUCAUUUUGAUGGUUAUCUAUUUGUCCAUCUCCCCACCCCGACUAUUAAUUCCAUGAUAGCAGAGACACUUUUUUGACAUUACUGCCUUUCCAAAACCCCCAAAAAACAAACCCGUUGCCGUCAAGUCGAUUCCAACCCAUAGCGACCCUGCAGAAGAGAGAACUGCCCCACCAGGUUUUCAGGGAACGGGCUGGUGGAUUUUAACUGCUGACCUUUUGGUUAGCAGCCGGUGUGCAAAUUUUUCUUAAAUGAACAUGCCGAGCCCUGUGCUACAGUGGGGGAAGGACAGGCAUUAACCAGAUGUCACACCUUGCAAGUAAGUACUUGCUUGUGUACUAAAGGUAAAAAAACGAGAAGACUGGAGGGGGCUGCUGUGGAUGAGGUGCUCCGAGAAGGCCUCUCCUGUAAGCGCCGAGGGGAAGAGACGGUGCAGAGAGGUUGGGUGGAGCCAGCGCGGGGGCGGUAGUGUGACCUACUCGGAGGUCCGGGGCCUUCUAGGUAUUCAGAUGUGGGAAGGGGUAGAAGAAUCUUAACGAACGCCAGGGCCGGGCCCGCUCCUUCUUCUUUCGGGCGUCCUGGAGAGAAGAUCUGACAAAAUGCUGUCCCAGGAAGCUGGAAGAGAGCUGGCCCCGAAUUGAUCGUGCAGGACGCGGCGGCGACCCCCGCCAACUGCGGCUCCGAAGGCGGCGCGCGGCACCAUAGCAGGGAGGCUGCCGCACUGCCGCCGUGCAGACCCCGCCCACUGCCGGCCUUGGCUCAGACUGAGGCCCUAUGCAAAUCAGGGAUUGGAAUUUCCGCCAAUCGGAGGGGAGCUCCGAGACUGAGCUGCUAAUGGAAGGCGAGCGGCGCCUGGCGCGGCACGCCUCCAAUCGGCCUCUACGGGCGGGGGCGGACCGCGGGGCCAGCCGGGGAUCCUCCGGCUCCGGCCGGCUCCCUCUGCCUGGUCCCUCUGGCUUUUUUUUGUUUCUUAAUUUCUCUGUUGAGCGCCCUCCCUUCCGGUUGAGGAAGCGGUGUUGGCGCAUGGGGGUUUACUUAGUCCGCCGUUUUCCCGGAAGAACGAAAUCGUUUCGCUCAUGGCCUCUGUUUUUGUUUGGGGUAAUUUGUGUGGGGGUUGGUUGUGUUAUUGAGUUUUUUAAAAUGCAAUAAUAUACCGGAAUUUUUACUGUUAUGACUAUAUUGUCAAAUUUGCCUUAAGUUAAAUAAACAAAUGACAAAAAUGAACUUCCCUUUGUUUUUCAUUACUACUUCUCCAUUGCUUUAAAGAGUUGCAGAUCAGGUUGGUGGGAGGUUUUCAUUUUAAAAUGAAAAAAUAGAAUGUCCUCAGUGGCAUGUAUCUUUUUCAUUCAGGAUUUUAUAAUAUCACACAGACGUGAUGUCAAAAA